UCUGAACACCUUAACUACAGAACCGUAACCGCAAACGUUGUUCUGCGAUACCACUAAAGUUCUUCUGAGUAACGGAAACACGCCUCUCAAUGGGAUGAGCUGUAGUGACUCAGGACCUGCGACAGACGCGAUUAUGUUGAGAUAGCACUAUCCUAACCUUUUCCCACGAUGGCCUGCGAAAGUUUAGAGGACAAGUUUCCUGGUCUUAAGGCCGACUGCCCUCAUCUUCAUUCCUCUUGCGCGUGUACGAAAAACUGCGGCAGCUGCAGGUUCUUCUUCGGAUUCUUUGUUGUCUCGCUGUCGCUACACGUGAUCACGCUGUCCUGCUUUCUGGAUCUUCGGUCCGAAGUCAAACGCGAGCUCUCGCAAACUAAAAGGGAGCCGAAGAUCAGCGCUGUCGCUGAAGAUGUGAGGAGACCCAGCGUUCCAGCAGACCCAGAGGUUAACGCCAAUGAUUUGCUCUUCAGCUCAAAUGCAGAAAUACCAUCAAGAAUGCAUGAUGUCAUCCACCUCACAGAAGAAAACAGAAAUGUUCUCUGGAGAACAAAAAGGGCAGCCAAAGAAUCAGAAAAAAGGGAAAAACGGAAAAAAGGCAAGAAAAGAUUGCUAGGUGCAUCUGGGCCUCCUGGGCCUCCAGGGCCUCCAGGGCCACAGGGCCCUCCUGGUAUUCCAGGGAUUCCUGGUAUUCCUGGAAGAAAUGAUUUAGGCCCUGCAGGGCCACCUGGACCUCCAGGACCAAGGGGCCCUCCAGGGCCACAAGGGCCAGCAGGAGCUGUUGACAAAACAAAGUCAAGGGAGUUCCAGCCUGCUGUUGUACACUUGCAAGGUCAGGAGACGACAAUACUAGUGAGAGAAGAUCUUCCAGAGGGUGUGCUGAAAAACUGGAAAAUGGUCUCCGUGCACCACAAGGUUUUCAAGAUGCAUUCCCGCUCUGGAGAGCUAGAGGUGCUCAUGGAUGGCACCUACUUCAUCUAUAGUCAGGUAGAAAUCUACUAUCUGAACUUCACGGACAUAGCCAGCUACGAGGUGCUGGUGGAUCGCGUGCCCUUCCUGCGCUGCACAUGCAGCAUUGAGACUGGCCAGCGCAAGUUCAACACGUGUUACACAGCUGGCGUGAGCGUUCUCCACGCCCACCAGCGCAUCUCCAUCCGCAUAGUUUAUGAUGACUCGCUAAUCAGCAUGACUGAUCACGCCACCUUCCUGGGCAGUGUGAGACUGGGAGAUGCGCCUUCUACUGGUCUCUCAUAAACAGAGAACAUCCUUGCCCCCGUGUAUACUCCACCACUCAAUAUUCAUUCACACACAUUUGCACUAAAAAAAUCAUAUGAGGCCUACACCUAGUAAUACUGCUUUUAUUAGUGUUUUCAAAAUAACAGAUCAGUUUAUGGAAAUCGUUCAUUUCUUGAUGUACAUAAAAUUAUUUUCUCUAUGUAUAUAUGUACAUAAAAUAGAAAAUACUUUUUUUGUAAAUUGAUUCAGGUACAAUAAAUACUCUAAUUUGUAAUCUA